CAGAGAGCUGCCGCCACCGCAGCUCCCAUCUCGCCGGCCGCAGUAGCCAGUGCCGCCUGUCGCCCCACCGCGGGAACCCAGGGGUCGGGACAGUUGGCCGGGGCCGCCCCCUCCAGCUGCCGGAGGGCCGGGCAGCCUCGCGGCCGCAGCAUGCAGCUGGGGCGCCCGCCCCGUGCUGCGCAAAGUCCCGCAGGCUCAGCUCCGACACGCAGGGCCCGCACCCAGGGGGAAGCUGCACGGGGAGUCGCGGCCGCGGUGGCGCCGCCCAGGGACUGAGGCUCUCGGCCGGCCCCUCUUCCCUUCACUCCCUCCUUCUCCCGGCGCGGGCCCGGGGCCUCCGAUGUCUCCGCCUCGUCGUACGCCGCCUCCAGCAGCCUGUUGCUAAGCCGUGAGGGGCGGGGACCCUCGGCCCCCCUCCGGGGACAUGGGCAACGGGAUGUGCUCCCGAAAACAGAAGCGGAUUUUCCAGACCCUCCUGCUCUUGACUGUGGUGUUCGGUUUCCUCUACGGGGCGAUGCUCUACUACGAGCUGCAGGGCCAGCUGAGGAAGGCUGAGGCCACGGCGCUCAAGUACCAGCAGCAUCAAGAGUCCCUCUCAGCUCAGUUACAAGUUGUGUAUGAGCACAGGUCAAGAUUAGAAAAGUCAUUACAAAAGGAAAGGCUUGAACAUAAGAAAGCAAAAGAAGAUUUUCUUGUUUAUAAACUAGAAGCACAGGAAACGCUAAAUAAAGGAAGGCAAGACUCAAAUAGCCGGUACAGUGCACUGAGUGUACAACACCAGAUGUUGAAGAGUCAACAUGAAGAACUAAAGAAACAGCAUGCUGACCUUGAGGAAGAUCACCGAAAGCAAGGAGAAGAGUUUAGCAGAACAUUCAGUGAUCACAAGGAGCGAUACUUACAACUGCAGCAGGAAAAAGAGCAGGAGAUCUCUAAGCUGAAGGAAUCCCUUUAUAACUUACGAGAGGAGAACAGACAGUUGAGAAAAGCUCACCAAGACAUUCACACCCAGCUACAAGAUGUCAAGCAACAGCAUAAGAACUUACUCUCCCAACACAACCAACUUGUAGUGACAUUGGAAGACCACAAGAGUGCACUAGCUGCUGCACAGUCACAGGUGGAGGAAUACAAACAGUUGAAGGACACACUCAACAAAAUACCAAGUUUUCGACAGCCUGAGAAGUUAGAACAACCAAAUGAUCAACCAGAGGUGCGAGCGCCAUCUCCCAGCAGUGACCUCCCAGGGCACCGUGAAGCUGCGACUGAAGAGCAGGAGAAUGAGAAGCCACAAGAGAGAGAAGAAAUAAAUACCCAGGAAAAAGAUGACAGAGUUGAGCCUUUUCAUCUGCAAAGAAGGCCUAAUGAGGGCCAGCAUGCCAAAGAACUAAAUACUCAGGAGCAACAAGAAGCUGGAGAGGGUGAUGAGCGACAUGUUGAUCAAGUUGAAGAGGAACGUAAAAAAGAACUUGAAGAAGAAGAAAUGGAGCAGGCAGGUCAGCCGGAGCACUUAGAGGAGGAACAGGAUCAGGUUCCAGAAGAGCAUGAAUGGAAAAAACAGGAACAGAAAGAAGAGGAAACUAACAUGUUGGGUGAUCAUAUUCAUUCAGAGGUAACAUCAGUGAAAGCUGUAACAAAUAGACAUAAACCAGCUUAUGAACAGCAACUACAGCAGCAACAUCUUGCAGCCAAGAGGGCUGAGGAGGCCAGUGAGCUACGAGAAUAUCAGGAAUCACUACACCAGCAAAGACUGCGAGGACAGCUGUUACAGCAUCAACAGCUUCAAGAGAGAGAGCUCCAACUGCAAAAACAGGCAGAACAAGGAGAGAAACUCUAUAAAAGCCGUCUAAGCCAACAGGCUCAUUAUGAUAAUGUGGACCACGAUAUUGUACAGGGGGAAGAAGAGCAAGGUAUUCAGGAAGAGGAAGGAGCUUAUGAACGUGACAACCAGCACCAGGAUGAAGGUGAAGAUGAUGAUCAAAAUAAUGCAAAUGAACAGCAAGAACCAGAGCAUCAAGUAGAAAAUCAGCAGGCUGAUCAAUCUAAGGCAGCCAUGGAAGAUGUGAAUCCUGCUGAUGACCCCAACAAUCAGGGAGAAGAUGAAUUUGAAGAAGCUGAGCAAGAGAGAGAAGAAAAUGUACCAAAUGAAAAUGAAGAGCACAAGCAAACCAGUCAGAAACAAGAACAUCCAGGAAUGGAAGAGCACUUGGUGAUGGCAGGAAAUCCUGACCAGCAGGAAGAUAAUGUGGAUGAGCAAUACCAGGAGGAGGGAGAAGAGGAGAUUCAGGAAGAUUUGACUGAAGAGAAGAAAAGACAACUGGAACGCAAUGCCGAAGAGCCGUAUGGCGAAAACGACGAAAAUGCGGAUGAAAAGAAUAACAGAGGGGCAGAUCAAGAGCAAGAAAUCCAAGAAAACAACCGGAAAGAAGUUCAUGAAGAAAAUUAUGAGGAGGAAGAGGAGGAGGAGGAAGGCAGAGCUGUUGCAGCAAAAACUCAUAGACGAGGGGAGAUGUAGUCUCCCUUUUUUCAGCAUUCAAAGCCCUGGUUUUGUUGUUUUGGUUUUUAAAAGCCGACAACUUUUUUAGGAUAUUUAAUUUCCAAAAAAAGUUUGUUUUACACUUCUUACUUUUCUAUUAGAUGCUCUCAUAUGUUUAUAUGAAUAUGGUAUUUUGAUACUCUAGAUUAGGAUUUCUUUUCUAUUAAAGCUGUACAUAAACAGCCAUCAUAUAGGUUAAAUUCUUGUAAUUCUGGGCAUGUUUUAUGAAGGCCAUUUUGGAAUACACUUUCACCUUGUCCAAGCCUGAGACAUUUGGUCUCAUUUCAGACACAUUCAACACCUGAGGGAAUAUCUCUAGUGCCUACACCCAGUUGCCAUUAGUCAUUUCAGCUCUCCUUGUCUUCCAUGACACAACUUCUGUGACUUAACGGCUGGGACACCUCGCAGCCAAGGCACAAUCUGUGGUGCUUGUACAGGCUCUGGGGUAUUUCCAUUCAUUAGAAUCUCAUGAGAUUCUUCAAAUCUUUGAAGUUAAGCACAUGCCUAGCUCAUUUAGAACCAGGCCUUUUACAGGUGCAGAACACUUACAAAAUAUGCAAGUUCUACAAACCUUCAAAAUACAGCCAGGUUAACAGCUGUUAAUUUUGGCAGCUGUUUAUAUACAGAUAAAUUAUGCAUUUAUUUUAAUGAGCAUACCUAGGUACUGCAAUUACAUGCAUUACAUAGCAGAUAAUCCAAGUGGUGGUAUGCUGAGAUGUGAACUAGAAACCAAUUUAGACUCGAAGAGCCAUUAUGCCAAAUCAAAACACUACAGCUGUCACAUGAAUGAAGAUUUACAGAAGGAACAAUUUUGUUCUCCUAGUAUUAAAAUAUUUGACCAGAGAAAUAUAAUUGCAUCACCUUGGUGACAUGCCUGCUGGAGACUGGAGAGAAGGUUAAGGGGUGGUGACCAAAUUGCUGUGAUUGGUGCAAGAUGUUGAACUAAGGCUUUUAGCUCCUUUUACUUAUUUAUUUUUAAGUCUAUGCUGGAGGGAUUCCUGCAUCCCUGAGUGUGAAAAUAGCUGAGACAAAUACCAUGGAAUCUUUUUGAACAGUGAAUAUCGCUAGUACCACAUGCCAAAAUGUGGGGGUAGGGGGAAUGACACAAAACCUGUGCCUUGGUAGGCUACUAUGAAUAUAAUCACAGUGCACGAGUAGAUACAAUGUUUGUAUUGGUACAAACCCUUGUUAUUUAAUGUAUGUUAAAAGGAGAUUGGGAAUCUGUAUCUCCCAGGCCCUGCCCCAUUGCUGGAAAUGAGGCACACGGUAGCUUCCCAUCAAAGUGUGUGAUAAUAUAUAAAAGAAGAGGGUUUAGGAUUUUCCCUUGUUAAAUAAUGAUGCAUAGCAGUGGUUUUAGUUUAACUUCUAAUAUGAAUGUAAUUUAAUUCAUUUUUCUACUAACUGAAUUAUAUUAUGUUUUAUAAUUGGUUUCUGUUCUUUGCAGUUUUCCUAAGUGUCCCAGACACAGUACUUACAUUUCAUGGGAAGAUUUUUGUCAGCAAGUAUUUUGGGGUUUUAAGCUACCAUAAAUCAAAUUUAUGUAUAAAAAAAAAGUUUACAUGAUACUGUAAAAUGUAUAAUAUGUACAUAAUCUUCAGAAUACAAUUAUUUUGGUAA